AAAAUUCAAUCAAAAAAAGAAUUUUGUUGUUUUGUGGAAACUGUGCAAAUAAAAAUUGUGGUAGGCCAUGCCAGAUUGGAACCGCUUUCGUCAUUUAAAACGACAGCUUCUUUGUCGUUUGACCGGAGACAGAAUGUCUACCUCGCCGGAAAAGUCGCUUCCUGCAUUAAGAAGUGUAACCGUACUAAAAAGUAGCCCAUCUACAAGCGUUCGGGGAAACACAACGAAAAAGUUCUCCGCCAGCAGUGACUACAAACAUAUCCUCAAUCGAUUGAAAACUGACUUUGAGAAAAGGUACAACAGUUCGAAGACUUCCAGUGACGCGUCACUGUCCGAUUACGAUGUGCUAAAGACACUUGGAACCGGAGCUUUCGGCGUUGUGAAACUGAUCCGCAAAAAGAACACUGAUCAAUACUUCGCCUUGAAAAUCCUAUCGAAAGAGAAAAUUGUCCGUCUAAAACAGUUGACACAUACUCUGAACGAAAAACGGAUCCUGCAAAGUGUGGAUUUUCCUUUUCUGGUUCACCUUGAGUGCUGCUAUAAGGAUAACUCCUUCAUUUACCUGGCAAUGCCAUUCAUCUGCGGGGGUGAAAUGUUUUCUCUUUUAAGAAAAAAUAAGCGAUUCGGAGAAGAUCAAGCGAAAUUCUACGGUGCACAGGUAGCGUUAGCCCUUGAGUAUCUGCACCACAUGAAUCUGAUUUACAGAGAUUUGAAGCCGGAAAACAUUCUUAUCGAUACGAAGGGAUAUGUUAAGAUCACAGACUUUGGGUUUUGUAAGAUGAUUAGAGACCGAACGUGGACGCUAUGUGGUACGCCGGAAUAUUUGGCCCCUGAAAUUAUCCAAGCUAAAGGUUAUGGAAAAAGUGUCGACUGGUGGUCAUAUGGAAUUCUGUUGUAUGAGAUGGCGGCAGGAUAUGCCCCUUUUUACAGUCACACCGGUGAUCAAAUGGCGUUGUUCGAGAAAAUUUGUAAAGGACGAGUUCGAUUUCCUAGCAACUUCAGCAGCGAUCUUCGCAAUCUGAUUCAAAACAUUCUUCAGACUGAUUUGACUAAGCGAUAUGGUAAUUUGAAAAAUGGUACGAACGAUAUAAAGCAGCAUGCAUGGUUUCGCGCUACUAACUGGAUAGGGCUUUUGAAUGUAGAGAUAACGGCACCGUUCAUUCCCAAGGUGAGUGGUCCAGGAGAUACAUCCCAGUUCGAUGUGUACGACGAACAAGAAAUAAAAGUAGCAUCAAAGUGUUUAUUUAUCAAAGAAUUUGCCGAAUUUUAAUUAUUAUGUAAAUAUUUUAAGUUUGUAACAA